ACAAAAAACCCCGACAAAAUGGUGCGAAAACUGAAAACCCAUGAGCAAAAGCUGCUUAAAAAGACUGACUUUAUGUCAUGGCAAGUCGAUCAGCAAGGAAAACAAGGAGAUAUGCUCAGAAAAUUCUAUGUGAAAAAAAGAGAGCACUACGCUUUGUACAACACUUUGGCUGCAAAGAGUCGUGAAGUAGCUGAUCUUAUCAAAAACCUAUCAGAAUCGGAUCCCUUCCGAUCAAAAUGCACAGAGGAUAUGCUCACCAAAUUUUACGCAGCUGGACUUGUGCCCACUAGUGAUACGUUGGAAAGAAUUGGAAAGGUGACUGGAGCAUCAUUCGCUCGUCGUCGUCUUCCAGUCGUGAUGAGAAAUAUUGGAAUGUGUGAAUCAGUCAAAACUGCGUCAGAUCUCGUGGAGCAGGGACACGUUCGAAUCGGAACGAAACUGGUUACCGAUCCAGCAUUUAUGGUUACACGAUCGUCUGAAGAUAUGAUCACAUGGACGAAAGCUUCGAAAAUCAAGAAACACGUCAUGGAUUAUAAUAAUACUCGAGACGAUUUCGAUCUCAUGGAUUAAUUUUUGUUUGUUUUUAAAUUUUGAUUUGUUGCUGUUGUUGUUCUCGUUGUUAUCAAUAAACAUUUUCAGAUGUUA